CUUGAGUUAAAAGCUCACAAAAUGUGGCUUCCAAACGGCUCCAUAGAAUUAACUACAGUAAGAAAUAUAAAAUCAAGAAAAAAAGGACAACCUCUCAUAUAUUGCCAUUCACGUUGAGAGAUCAUUCCCACACCUUUGACCACAUUUACCAUUUUAAUUAGAGCCGGAGGAGGAGGAUCAAAAGCGGCGGAGGUCGCCGACGUAGAUGGUGGCUGCGCGGUGAGGGAUCAUUCUCACGCGAAUGGAAGGCGUGGUCGCCGCCGCCGCCGCCCCGGCGACGAGGCGCAAGGUGAUGGUGGUGGCGGACCCCACGCGGGAGUCGGCGGCCGCCCUUGAGUACGCCCUCUCCCACGCGGUCCUCGAGAACGACACCCUGGUCCUCCUCCACGUCGACAACCCCAACGCGUGGAGGAACCAGAUCGGGUCCUUCUUCAAGCGCUCGGCCUCCUCCUCCUCCGCCGCCGCACCGGCGGGUGGCGGCGGCGGAGGCGCGGAGGCCGACUUCUUGGAAGGGAUGAAGCGGGCGUGCCGGGCGGCGCAGGCGAAAAUGACGGUGCAGGUGGAGAGGGUCCCCAUAAUGGACGGGAAGGACAAAGCUUCGGCCAUUCUUUCCCAAUGUGCAAAGCUUGGGAUUGAUAUCCUCAUCAUUGGGCAAAGGAGGACUCUAUCUAAUGCCAUCUUAGGGCCAAAGAGGAGUGGGUCAUUAAGGGGUCUAGACACAGCAGAAUAUCUGAUUGAGAACAGCAAGUGCACCUGCGUUGGCGUCCAGAAAAAGGGCCAAACUGCUGGAUAUCUUCUUAACACCAAGUCCCACAAAAACUUUUGGCUUUUAGCUUAAAUUACUUUAUUUAUCAAUUAUUAUUACCACUGUUACUAUACAACUUAAUUAUUCUCACCUUGUUUUUACUUUGUUCCUGUUACUAUGUUUACUUUGUCCUGUUAAUUACUCUAUGUUUGGGACGGAGUCUCUUAAAUACAGACUCUGUACUUCU